AUGACAGGGAUGUUGUUCACAGGGAAGUGUCCUGUGUCACUCCCUGAAGUAGUGCUGGGGGAAGCUGCAGGCACUGGCCCCACGGGCCACCCCACACUGCAGGAGUCAGGAACUAGGAUACAGAUGGGCCAAUCUCAAAGCACUCCUCUUUCUCUCCUCGUUGCUAACUUCAGGGAUGUUAGAACCAGAGGACAGAAUUUGAGUUUCGACAUCCGGCGGGGAAAAUUAAUAACCCUCUGCCACUCUGAAUGGCCAACCUUUGGUGUUGGAUGGCCAACCGAAGGAACUUUCUGCCUCCCUAUAAUUGCUAAGGUGAAAUCAAAGAUUUUUCUACCGGGUCGCGAGGGACACCAGGAUCAGAUUCCCUACAUUCUUGUAUGGCGGAAUUUAGUGGAAAAUCCACCCCCUUGGUUAGCCCCCUUCCUAUCCUCGGGAAUGUGUAAGGUCCUUGCCAUGCAGCCUGCAGAUUCCCCAAAAUCAAGGACGCCAGCCGCGCCCUUGUAUCCCAUAUUGCCCGAUAGUCAGGACCUACUAUCCCUAGACCCUCCACCCUAUCAUCCCCCUCCCCUCGUACCCCAGGCCCUGCCCGCAGCAGCCGCCCCACCAGUCGCCCCGCUAGUUGCCCCCCUAGGGGAACUGGGAGGACAGGAAGCGGCAGCUGCGCCGGAACCAGGAGGACGGGAGGCAGCAGCUGCGCCGGGCCCCAUUGAAAACGAAACCAACUGCGAGGGGCCAGCCAGCCAAACCCGCGGGCGCACCCAGCAUGAGCCAAACCCUCGCCUCCCCGACUCCACUGUGGCCCUACCCCUGCGGGAAAUAGGACCCCCUGAUGAAACAGGCAACCCCCGACUCCAGUAUUGGCCCUUUUCCACCAGUGACCUUUACAACUGGAAAACACAAAACACUCGAUUCUCUGAUAACACUAAAGACCUAAUAGCUCUUUUAGACAGUGUCAUGUUCACCCACCAGCCCACCUGGGAUGACUGUCAGCAGCUCCUCCGCAUCCUGUUCACUACAGAGGAGCGAGAGAGGAUCCAAUUAGAAGCAAGAAAGCUGGUUCCUGGAGACGACGGUCAGCUGACAUCUAACCCUGACCUCAUUAAUUCGGCUUUCCCCCUAACCAGACCUCCACAGGACGAAUGGGACUACAACACAGCAGAAGGUAGGGGAAGGCUACUCAUUUAUCGCCAGACUCUGAUGGCGGGUCUCCAGGCUGCAGCUUGCAAGCCCACCAAUUUGGCUAAGGGAGGACGGGGUUCGGAUCCCCUCCCCGAACCUAGGGUAACACUGCAAGUGGAGGGGACCCUGGUCCAGUUCCUAGUUGAUACCGGGGCACAGCACUCAGUUCUGGUCAAGCCCCAUGGAAAAGUAUCUGAAAAAUCAUCCUGGGUACAAGGGGCCACCGGAAUAAAGAAGUACCCCUGGACAACUCAGAGGACUGUGGACUUAGGAACUGGGAAGGUAACCCACUCCUUCCUGGUCAUUCCCGACAGCCCCUGCCCCCUGUUGGGGAGGGAUUUGCUUACCAAAAUGGGGGCCCAAAUUCAUUUCCAACCGGGGGGACCCACAGUGACUGACUUCCACAACCAACCCAUAUCUGUACUCACUGUGAAACUAGAAGAUGAAUAUAGGCUCCAUCAGGAACCCACUCCUCUGGAUCAGGGCAUCGAGCCCUGGCUUCAACGCUUCCCAGACGCGUGGGCAGAAACGGGUGGUAUGGGGCUAGCAAAACAUCGCCCAGCCCUAUUUAUAGAGGUCAAGCCCAGGACGGACCCCAUCUGCGUGCGCCAAUACCCCAUGCCCGCGGAAGCCAAAAAUAGCAUCACACCGCAUAUCCGCCGCCUCCUUGACUUCGGGGUCCUAUGCACCUGCCACUCAGCAUGGAAUAUCCCCCUGCUGCCCGUGCGCAAACCCAACAGCGGGGAAUACAGACCAGUGCAGGACCUGAGAGAAGUCAAUAAGCGGGUGAUAGACAUACAUCCAACCGUUCCUAACCCCUAUACUCUCUUGAGCGCCCUCAGCCCAGAAAAACAAUGGUAUACUGUUCUGGAUCUAAAAGAUGCUUUUUUCAGCCUACCACUAGCGCCUAAAAGUCAAGAGCUAUUUGCAUUCGAGUGGACAGAUCCAGACAGGGGCAUAAAUGGCCAGCUCACUUGGACCAGACUGCCACAAGGAUUCAAAAACUCUCCGACCCUGUUCGAUGAGGUUCUACACGAAGAUUUAAGUGAGUACAGACAACAACACCCUAAUAUAACUCUCCUACAGUACGUUGAUGAUCUCUUAAUAGCUGCCAAGACGCCCGAAGCCUGCAUCCAGGGAAUCGAAGGUCUCCUGCGAACUCUGGGAACCUUAGGCUACCACGCCUCAGCAAAGAAGGCUCAGAUCUGCAAUUCAGAGGUAACUUACCUGGGUUACUUACUGAGAGGGGGGCAACGCUGGCUAAUGGAUGCCCGGAAGGAGACUGUCCUUCGUAUUCCCAGACCGCAGACACCACGACAGGUGAGGGAAUUCCUAGGGUCGGCUGGGUUCUGCAGACUAUGGAUACCAGGGUUUGCUGAAUUAGCAAAACCUUUAUACCAGGCAACAAAAGAUCAACAGCCCUUUAGUUGGACGGAAGAAGCCAAAUAGGCCUUCCAACAAAUCAAAACUGCUCUGCUAUCAGCACCUGCCCUGGGACUCCCCGAUGUCUCCAAACCCUUCCACCUAUAUGUAGAUGAAAACCGAGGCAUAGCUAAGGCGGUGCUAACCCAGCAUUUGGGCCCUUGGCGCAGGCCAGUAGCCUAUCUGUCUAAAAAGCUAGAUCCAGUGGCCGCUGGAUGGCCACCCUGUCUCCGGAUGAUUGCAGCCACUGCCCUAAUGGUAAAGGACGCUGAUAAGCUGACCAUGGGCCAAGAGCUACAAGUCACCACCCCGCAUGGCAUCGAGGGCAUCCUCAAGCAGCCGCCUGACCGAUGGCUGAGCAAUGCCCAACUCACUCAUUACCAGGGACUGCUGUUGAACCCCCUCAGGGUCAUCUUCACCCCCCCAACGGCCCUGAACCCAGCAUCACUGCUGCCAGACCCAGACAUGGGAACCCCACUUCAUGACUGCGCCGACACAGUGGCUCAAGUUUAUGGGGUCCGGGAGGACUUGCAGGACCAACCAUUAUCGGAUGCGGACGCCAUCUAGUUCACCGAUGGAAGCAGCUUUGUUCACCAGGGACAAAGGUAUGCGGGGGCGGCCGUAACUUCAGAAACCGAGGUGGUUUGGGCAGAAGCCCUACCCCCCGGAACCUCGGCCCAGAAGGCUGAACUAAUAGCCUUAACCCAGGCCCUAAAAUUAGGAAGAGACCGCAAGCUAACCGCAUACACUGAUAGCCGAUAUGCCUUCGCCACCGCUCAUGUACAUGGGGCGAUAUACAGAGAACGGGGGCUCCUCACAGCUGAAAGGAAAGACAUCAAAAAUAAAGAAGAGAUUCUAGCCCUGCUAGCAGCCUUAUGGGAACCCAAAAAGCUAGCAAUUGUGCAUUCAGGACACCAGAAGACAACCAACCCAGUUUCCCGGGGCAACAAUUUGGCCAAUCAGACUGCAAAAAACAUAGCUCAGCCCCCAGUGCAAUUACUGACCCUACAGCUGCCAGACCCCAGACCCCGGGAAUUGCCCCCCAGCCCUGAGUAUUCAGAAAGCGACAUUCAAUGGAUGAGUAAACUUCCUAUGACCCGAAUCAAAGAUGGCUGGUGGAGAGACUCCAAAAGCAGCAUUAUACUCCCAGAUAAACUAGGAUGGCAAGUUCUAGAGCGGAUCCAUCACAGCACCCACUUAGGUUCCCGGCAAAUGUUGGACUUACUGAGACAGACUGGACUAAAAAUCAGAAAUGUCUCUGAUAAGGUCGAUCAAGUAGUCACUAAAUGUACAGUGUGCCAACUCAACAACGCGAGUAGCAAUCCUAAGACAACAGGGGUAAGACAAAGAGGGAGCAGACGGGGGACCUAUUGGGAAGUAGAUUUCACUGAGGUAAAACCAGGAAAAUAUGGAUAUAAGUAUUUGCUAGUUUUUGUAGAUACCUUUUCAGGAUGGACUGAAGCCUUUCCAACCAAGAAUGAAACGGCGCAGAUUGUAGCCAAAAAGAUCCUAGAAGAAAUCCUGCCCAGGUAUGGUUUUCCAGUAAUGAUAGGGUCAGACAAUGGACCUGCAUUCGUCUCUAAGGUAAGUCAGGGACUGGCUUCCAUACUUGGGGCUGAUUGGAAAUUACAUUGUGCAUGCCGACAAACCUCAGGACAGGUAGAGAGAAUGAACAGAACAUUAAAAGAGACCCUAACCACAUUGACUAUGGAGACUGGCGCUAAUUGGGUGGUCCUUCUCCCCUACGCUCUGUUCAGGGUGUGUAAUUCCCCAUACAAACUGGGACUCACACCCUAUGAAAUAAUACAUGGUAGACCACCCCCCAUCAUCCCUAACCUAAAAGAUAACCUUGUCAAAGCUGAGAACGAUAAUAGUCUUGAAUUCUUGUUCUCCCUACAAGCCUUGCAGAGGGUCCAUGAAGAUGUAUGGCCCAAAUUAAAGGAACUGUAUGAGACUGGACCCCGGCCUAUUCCACAUCAAUUCCAGCCAGGGGAUUGGGUCCUCAUCAAACGUCAUCGGCAGGGAACUCUGGAGCCCAGGUGGAAAGGACCCUUCCAGGUCAUCCUGACAACGCCUACUGCCAUCAAAGUAGACGGAAUCGCCACCUGGAUCCAUUUCGCCCAUGCCAAACCAGUGGACCCGUUCUCAGACCUCAUCGGACCUUCAAAGACAACCUGGACUGUUGAUCGGACUCAGGACAAUCCUUUAAAAUCGACCCUACGCCGCCAACGGACUGAGCCGUAACUAUGGUACUUGCCCUCCUCUUGAUUGUUCUGCAAAUUCUGUCUGUAAAUCCAAACCCCCACAACCCCUAUAAUUUGACAUGGGAAAUUACUAACUUAGAGACUCAUGAAAUCUACAACAAACCCCUAGGAACUGCCCCAUUCAAUACCUGGUGGCCAGAUUUAUAUUUUAAUUUAGAAAAAGUUAGUCCAUUAGAAGAAAUGGAAGGAGGUAAAUGGAGGCAACUGCAAAGGAGGGUAUCAAUAAGUAGAAGUGGAUCUUAUGCAUGUCCGGGAUUUAGGACAGGGGCGAUGAGGCGCACAUGUGGAGGGUUUGAAACCCUCUAUUGCGCAGCCUGGAGUUGCGUCACCUCCAAUGAUGGGGAAUGGAAGUGGGAAGUAAAACCCCAAUUUAUUGAAAUGUCCUAUGUCCGACCAUGUACCCGCACCAGGUAUGAUGAAAACUGUAACCUUAUUCGUGUAAGAUUUACAGAGGAAGGAAAAAAGGACAGGCGAUGGGUCUCAGGACUCACUUGGGGACUCUACUUAUAUCAAUAUCCCCUCUUUGGGACUGCCAUUCAAAUAAAAUUAAAAGUCUCCCCUCUUGUACAACCAGUGGGGCCAAAUCAGGUAUUGAAAAAAAAAAAAAAAAAAAAACA